AUGUCUCGCACAGCCAUCUUCGCAAUCGACAUCCAAAACGGCCUCGCAAACUCCGCCACUGAGAUUCCACAUGCUCCUCGCAUCCGUCAAGCAGCCGAGACCAUUCUGAGCAGUUUACGUGCAAGGUCCUCGGGACCAGAUAUAUUCAUUGUUCAGCAUGAAGAAGGUCCUGAGUCUGGGGACUUGGUUCGUAGCACGGAGCCGUGGGAACUCGUCUUUCCGCCUCGGGGUGAGGAGGAGAAGGUUGUGUACAAACAUACAUGCAAUACUCUCGACUCCAACCCGGACUUGAUUAAUCAACUUCGUGCCCAGGAGAUUGGUACAUUGGUUAUGUUCGGCAUACAGAGUGAAUUCUGUGUGCGCGAAACAUCUCUCGGUGCACUUGCGGCGGGGUUCAAGGUUAUUAUCUUGCAAGGAGCUCAUUCUACUUAUGAUGAUUCCGGAACUGGGAAAAGUGCGAUGCAGAUAGAGCGGGAGGUGGAAGAAGAGGUGAAGGCGAACGGUGGCAUCAUAAUUCCUUGGGAGAAGUGGUUGGAGAAUUAG